UUUCGUAAGCGGCCGCCGCGCCCGGCUUCGCCGGCGGCAGGACGGAGCGGCGCGGCCUCCCGGUGCGAGCCGCGGGCUGCGAGCAGGGAGGCGGCGGUGCAGGUGCUGAAGAGCUGGAGGUUUCCCUGCGCUUUUGCCAGCCUUCUUGAGAAGAAGCGGUUGAAGGUGGCUGUGGGACACUGUGGCCAGACCCCCACCAGGCUGGCGGUGCCUCGCUGCGCUGUGCCAGCCACCAUGGAGACGCUGUCCCAGGACUCCCUGCUGGAAUGCCAGAUUUGCUUCAACUACUACAGCCCGCGUAGGCGGCCCAAGCUGCUGGACUGCAAGCACACGUGCUGCUCGGUGUGCCUGCAGCAGAUGAGGACCAGCCAGAAGGACCUGCGGUGUCCCUGGUGCCGCGGCAUCACCAAGCUGCCGCCGGGCUACUCCGUGUCACAGCUGCCCGAUGACCCCGAGGUGAUCGCCGUCAUCGCCAUCCCCCACACCUCUGAGCACACCCCUGUCUUCAUCAAACUCCCCAGCAACGGGUGCUACAUGCUGCCCCUGCCGCUCUCCAAGGAGAGGGCUAUGCUGCCGGGAGACGUCGGCUGUCGCCUCCUGCCCGGCAGCCAGCAGAAGUCCCUGGCGGUGGUGACGAUCCCGGCCGAGCAGCAGCCGCUGCAGGGUGGCCUUCCUGCAGAGGCAGGUGCGGAGGAUCCUGACCGCAGAGGCGUGGUGAAAAGCUCCACCUGGUCGGGGGUUUGCACUGUGAUCCUGGUGGCCUGCGUCUUGGUCUUUCUCCUGGGCAUCGUCCUCCACAACAUGUCAUGCAUUUCCAAGCGCUUCACGGUGAUCUCAUGCGGCUGAGGGGUGUGGGGCUGCCCCAGGGUUGCUCACCCAGGGGUUGGGUUGUUGGUGGUGGUGGUAUCGAGUGAGACAAUUCACCGAAACUUUGGCCGAUGACUGCAGGACACUUUGUUCCCAGAUGGUGGUGCACCAGCCUGGCCACAGCCCUCGGCACCAGUGGAGAAACCUAUGUCCAGUGUCUGAUGGUAAUGGCAAUGAGAAGGACUGCAUGCGUCACCAUAAUCAUUUAUCAAAGGGACUGUAAUUUAUGGCAGUUUUUAUUGUGUUAUGAGAUUAAAGACAUCUGUGUCGCUGGUUGUACUGUAAA